AUGGGGCUCACCAGACAUGACCCUGCAAGAACUUCAUUCCGAGCUUUGGAUGAUGCCGGCCUUCGCCUACCUGUCCAAUUGAGCUUUAACAAAGUGGGCGAUACUGCUCGAUAUCCUUGGUUCAAACUCACGAGCAUGGUGAAGUGUCUGGAAGAGCUUGACCGCGUGAACCUGCUGCUGCCUGCACAGUCAUGGGAACAAUCCCAGGAGAUGUUGGGCACGUAUUGGGCCAGAUUCCGCAGCCAAUAUCCCACCCAUGAAGUUUUUGGCCUGCUGACCAUGGAAGAGCUACAAAUGGCGCUGCCGAUAAAGCUUCAUGGUGAUGAAGGUAAGAAGAAAAGCCCGCUGAUGCUUCUCAGCUGGCAACCUGUUCUUGGCAGAGGCACUUCUAAGAGCGUGCAGCAACCUCUGGAAGUCCAGAAUGCGGCUCAAAAAUUGAAUUUGCUGGGAAGUCUGCUUCUCACUCGUUGGCUACUUUUUGCGGCGUUGAAAGAAACCUAUUCUGAGUGCCCGUCCGCACUGGACGAUGCCAUGGCCAUGGUGCUGGAAGAUUUGAAUUUUGCCUGCCAUACUGGGGUUGCGGUAAAUCUUUUUGGCCAAAGCAGAAGGCUGCGGUUUGUUGCAGUUUCCGUCAAAGGAGAUUGGCCGUUCCUCAUUGAGGCAGCACAUUUGGAGCGCCACUUUCGAAGAGCUCCAAAAAGAGAGAGAAGUGAUAUGUGCAGCAAUUUGGGUGUUUGUCACCUAUGCCUGGGAGGCUACCAAGGCAUACCAUACGAAGAUUUUGCAGAGGUGCCUCAAUGGGAGCAAACUAUGCAGUCCGCAGCUGCAAUGGUGCCUUGGCAUUCGGAAUCACCAUGGCAUUCGCUGCCCAGCCUUCCUUCUUUCAGACCUUGGACUUUCCGGCCUGAUAUUUUCCACAAUUUUCAUCUUGGCCACGGGCGCUAUUUCGUGAGCUCUGCACUCGAAUGGCUCGAGGAUUGGCUCACUGACGACAUGGUUGCUGAGCUUUCACAGCAAGACCGCAGGGUUGCUUUCAUUGCGCUAGGUGUGCAAAGCAUGAAUGCGGCCUUGCGGCUGCUGUACAGAGGGGGCGCCUGGCUUGCAGCAGCUGACAGCGCUUCCAUUGCCUUUUUUGGGCUUGAGCAUCUAAGGGCAUACAAGAAGCUUGCCCAGCUGAGCAUAGAUGCUCGAGAGCCCAGGUUUCCGAUCCACUGCAAGGCUCACAUGCUGAAUCACACCUUCAGGUUUCUGGAGCUGUGGGCCCAGCAGGUGGAAUGGGUUGAAAACCCACUCGCUGAUAGCUGUCAAAUCGACGAAAGCUUCGUCGGUGUAAUCAGCCGAUUCAGCCGGCGCGUGUCACCUCGCAUGACCAUCCUUCGCACGUAUGAUCUCUAUGUGACAGCGUUGAGAGAUCGCGUGCACCAGGGUCAUGACGAUGCAAGCGUGUUGGAGUGA